GAGUUCGGUAGUGUUUGUUAGAAGCUCGGAGGUGUUGCGUCUCUUUUGUCACAAAAAGAGACACAACAAACGAAUCAUGGGGAUUUGGCUUGGAGUGGCAAUUGUCAUUUUUGUUUUGACAAUUGUUUUUGCAAUAAUUAUUCAACUUUACUGGAGCAAGCGAUUAAAAACUGUUAAAAACAAGCAUGUUGUGGUAACCGGUGGCUCGAGCGGUAUUGGAAAAUGCGUAGCGAUUACUGCCGCAAAGCACGGAGCAAAUGUUACAAUAAUCGCGAGAGACGUACAAAAGUUGGAAGCAGCUAAAAAUGAAAUACUGCACGCUUGUGAGGAUAAAGAUGCGCAAAAAGUGGAAUACGUGUCGUUAGACCUCGGUGCGAGCUACAAGAAUGUCGAGAAAGCAAUAACCGAUCUCGAGAGAACCAUGGGACCAAUUUACAUGCUUGUCAAUUGCGCGGGAACCGCAGUUGCUGCAAAAAUAGAGGACACCUCUGCGGACGACUUAAAUAAAAUGAUACAAAUAAACUUUUUGGGUACUUAUUACUGCAUCAAGGCUGUGGCGCAGAGAAUGAAAGCCUCCAAAGAAGGAAUAAUUGUACUUACAUCAUCUCAGGCUGCUCUUCUGGGUAUUUUCGGCUACUCCGCUUAUUGCAGUACGAAAUUCGCUCUCCGUGGUUUGGCGGAGAGCAUAGCAAUGGAAUUGCGACCUUACAACAUUUCUGUAACUCUAAGUCUGCCUCCGGAUACAGACACGCCUGGUUACGCUAUUGAGGAACGAUCAAAACCGCUAGAGACCAAACUCAUUUCGCAAACGGCAACGUUGGCCAGGCCCGAGGAUGUUGCCGAAAAACUCUUCCGAGACGCGCUGGCGGGUAUAUUUUUCUCCACCAUCGGUAUGGAAGGUUUCAUUCUGACUACGCUGUGCGCGGGGAUGUCACCGAUCACGUCUAUCAGUCAGCUGUUCCUGGAAGCGUUACUGAUGGGCUUCUUGCGGAUCGUCGGCGCGUUCUAUCUCUUCUCCUUCCAGAAGAUUAUCUUGUGUUGCAAAAAGACGCGCGAUCAAAUUAAAAAGUUCGAGUAAGAUCUCGAAACCUCACUGUGAUUCCCGAGACGGGAGAUCGAAGAGUCGAUAUCAUUCCAAAGCAAUUAGAUAUACGUCACAAUCUUUUCUAUAUAAUAAUAAUAAUAAUAAUAAUAAUAUCUUCUGUAAUAUUGAUGUUCGCGCACAAUGUACUAUACACAGGUAUGUGUUACAUUUUAUCGUAUAAUAACUUUAUUAUUUUUUGAGAUUUGCUGUCUUUUUCGACGAUUAUUUUUUAAAUAAUGCGUAAGAGAGGAGGAGAAAGUAAUAAAACUCACGCGUUCUUAA